CCCCCAUGUAACGAGGCGCGGAGGCCGGCUCUUGUAACUCAAGAUGGCGGACGAGAGUGAGACAGCAGUGAAGUCGCCGGCACCUCCGCGGCCGCACAUGAUGGAAGGGAACGGAAACGGCCAUGAGCACUGCAGCGAUUGCGAGAACGAGGAGGACAACAGCUACAACCGGGGUAUUUACUUGUCUUACAGUGGUUUGAGUCCAGCCAAUGACACUGGAGCCAAAAAGAAGAAAAAGAAACAAAAAAAGAAGAAAGAGAAAGGCAGCGAGACAGAUUCAGCCCAGGAUCAGCCUGUGAAGAUGAACUCUUUGCCAGCAGAGAGGAUCCAGGAAAUACAGAAGGCCAUUGAACUAUUUUCAGUGGGUCAGGGACCUGCCAAAACAAUGGAGGAGGCUAGCAAGCGAAGCUACCAGUUCUGGGACACACAGCCCGUCCCCAAACUGGGAGAAGUGGUGAACACUCACGGGCCCGUGGAGCCUGACAAGGACAACAUCCGCCAGGAGCCCUACACCCUGCCCCAGGGCUUCACUUGGGAUGCCUUGGACCUGGGGGAUCGUGGUGUGCUGAAAGAAUUAUACACCCUCCUGAAUGAGAAUUAUGUGGAAGAUGAUGACAACAUGUUCCGAUUUGAUUAUUCCCCAGAAUUUCUUUUAUGGGCUCUCCGGCCGCCUGGCUGGCUCCCCCAGUGGCACUGUGGGGUUCGAGUGGUCUCAAGUCGGAAACUGGUUGGGUUCAUCAGCGCCAUCCCAGCAAACAUCCACAUCUAUGACACAGAGAAGAAGAUGGUAGAGAUCAACUUCUUGUGCGUCCACAAAAAGCUGCGUUCCAAGAGAGUGGCUCCAGUCCUGAUCCGUGAGAUAACCCGGAGGGUUCACCUGGAGGGCAUUUUCCAAGCCGUUUACACCGCCGGGGUGGUGUUACCAAAGCCUGUCGGCACCUGCAGGUAUUGGCAUCGGUCCCUAAACCCACGGAAGCUGAUUGAAGUGAAGUUCUCUCACCUGAGCAGAAAUAUGACCAUGCAGCGUACCAUGAAGCUCUACCGACUGCCAGAGUCCCCCAAGACAGCUGGAUUGCGACCAAUGGAAAAAAAGGACAUUCCAGUAGUGCACCAGCUCCUCACCAGGUACCUGAAGCAGUUCCACCUCACGCCAGUCAUGAGCCAAGAGGAGGUGGAGCACUGGUUCUACCCCCAGGAGAAUAUCAUUGACACUUUUGUGGUGGAGAAUUCAAAUGGUGAGGUGACAGACUUCUUGAGCUUUUAUACGCUUCCCUCCACCAUCAUGAACCAUCCAACCCACAAGAGUCUAAAGGCUGCUUAUUCUUUCUACAAUGUUCACACCCAGACCCCUCUUCUAGACCUCAUGAGCGACGCCCUUGUUCUCGCCAAAAUGAAAGGGUUUGACGUGUUCAAUGCACUGGAUCUCAUGGAAAACAAAACCUUCCUGGAGAAGCUCAAGUUUGGCAUAGGAGAUGGCAACCUGCAGUAUUAUCUUUACAAUUGGAAGUGCCCCAGCAUGGGGGCAGAGAAGGUUGGGCUGGUGUUACAGUAACCAGUUGCCAGUGAGAUUCUGGAUUAAGCCACUGAGAAUUCAAACCAGGAAAUGGAACCCCACCACUUGUUGGUCUAAUUUUCACAAACGUGAGAAUCCCUGGCAAAGGGAAGGAACAGAAGCGAACCGGCUUUACCAAACCGCCACUGAACUUGACAAUUGUAUUGCGAUGGCGUAGGCUGCGUGAUGUCACCUCUGGCCGUGUCUCUGGUCUCCCUGUUUUCCAAUUAAUCACAUCCUUAUGCAGCCGUGAUCAAGGGAAUGUAACUGCUGAAACCUAGCUCGUGAUUGGCAUAUUAUGGAGUUAACGGGUGAAUAAUAAAAGUAUAUAUAUAUAUAUUAUA